UUGUCCUCAGUAGACUUGAAUGGAUUUUGACAAGUUCAGACUCAGAGCAGCAUUUUUAUUUCAGGGAAUGCUUUGGGUACAGAGAAUUGGGAUCCGUGUGAAGGAGACUGUCAUUUCCACAGGAACAAACUUAGAAAAUGUUUAAAAAUAAAGAAAUAUGGAAAUGUUGUAAAAAAAAACAAGCUGCCUGCUAGUAGCCCCAGCAAUACUUAUCAGACUGUCUUCUUCAUGUCCCCGUAAACCUCUCCUUUCACCUACAAUUUACAGGGCAAACAGUCUUACAGAGCAAAAACCAGAGCUCAGUAUGCUCUGCCAGUGUACUCUCUACUAACACCUGUGUCUUUUGUGAUGAUUGUGGAUCCUCUGCCAGGCUGGAUUCUCAUCUCACCCAACACAGUUUUCCUGAUGGAAUUUACAUGUAGACUUGAAGGGAACUGUGGCAUGAGUAGGCCAGCUUCCCACCAAUGACUGCAUAACAGUUGAAGCUUUGAUGCAUGCAGAGAAAUGUGUCUUCUGAGCUGGACAAAUCCAAAUACAAAGGCCAAUCAUUCCACAAGGCAUGAUGCCAGCCUGCAUUUCCUCUCUGGCUCUACUCAUCACUGCUGAGUGAACUUCAGGGCCUUACUUCAUUUCUUCUCAAAGCCUUGGAAUCCCUCAACUUCAAUGGAACUUCCCUACCGCUGCCUAGUAAAACUAUUUGAACACUCACACAAUCAGCUUAAAGAAAAAAAUAAAACCGUCUUUUAAAAAUUAAGGAAUAGAGAGGAAUGAAAUGGGAGCAGGUGGGUUUUGUCUCAGGAGAGUGAAUAAAAAGAGCCAAAACGUCACUGCAGUGAAAAAGGCACCAAAGGAAGAGAGCUUAAAGCUGAGCUCAACUGCACUCACGAAAGCUCAAGUCACCCUAGAAUGAAUGUGCUUGGGCACCUCACACUUCAAGAACAUUGAGUGUGGGGGGUUUUAUUUCUGUUACUUCAACUAAGUACAACGUAUCUGAUUCACUAUAGGUGUCUUUACAUUUGGAGAACAUUUACUUUGUAAACAAGGCAUGAUGCACAUCAUUAACAUUUUCCCUACUGCCCACAACACAGAAGUAGCACGCACUAGAGGCCAAAUAUGCUCUUAACUUGCAAUCUUUACUAGACCCUCCAGAAACCUACACUAGACUCAGACCAGAAAUGCUAGCGUGGUACCAGGGCUGCAACUCUGGCCAACGGACAGCCGCACUGCAGCAUCUGCCACGAGGAGCACUGACAGCACGUGGAGGGAGCCUGUCCUUCCUCUCUGCUGCAUGGCAGCACCAGGACUUCACCCCGUGCUGCCCGUAAGGGCUGCCACCCUCUCGCUUGAGGGUCCGCGCCCACAAUCCCUGUGAGGCGGUGACCGUGAUGUCACAGUGGCUGGCAGGGAGCGGCCAUUGUGACCCGUGAGGCUUGGAGCAGAGCAAAGGCUGCCGGGCUCAGGCUCAGUCAGUGCAGCCUGGUGAGGCGCAGAGAGAGCAGGGACUCUCGCAGUGCUCGCCGUUGAUGCACAUCAUGUCCGAAAGGAAGCGGAAGGCCUCCGGCUCGGAGGAGCCAGCAUGCGUUCUGUGCGGCCGGGCAGAUGCUGACCCAGCCAUCUGCGGGCGCACAUUUGACCAGAGUGGGAUUCGCGUCCAUGAGUUCUGCUUGAUGUUUGCCCACAUCGAUUUUGAAGACAGACCCACACCGGAAGGAAAUGUGGGCCUCCCCCUUGCUGCCAUCGGAAGCAAGGCCAAGCAGGCAAACCAGAAGCAAUGCUGUGUUUGCGGGGAGAGGGGAGCCGCCAUCACAUGCGCAGAGAGCGGCUGUGAACGAAGCUUCCAUCUGCCCUGCGCUGCAGAUGGGGAAUGCGUCACCCAGUUCUAUGGGCAGUUCAGGUCCUUCUGCUGGGAGCACCGCCCUCAACAGGCAAUUGAGGAAGCUCCAGCAGAAGACACCAACUGCCUCAUCUGCAUGGAGACCGUGGGGGACAGAUUGUCCUACUACACCCUGGUGUGCCCAGCGUGCACACAUGCCUGGUUCCACCGGGGCUGCAUCCAGCAACACGCCAUGAAUGCUGGCUUUCUAUGCUUCCAAUGCCCCAGCUGCAGAGACAAAUUUCAGUUCCUCAUGGAAAUGUUCAGCAUGGGGAUCCAAAUCCCAGCCAGGUUGGUGUCCGUCUGCCCAGCUCUGCACACAUUAAGGCUAAAGUGCUGGGCCUGCCCAGAGACUGUCUCGGCAGGCCUGGCCCUUUGCUGUCUCAGGAGCAUGUGCCUCAGCUUCACGGAGAACUUCCUUCUGCUGACCUUCCUGCCUCCCCUUACAGCCUCCCGCGACAACGCUGAGCUUGCUGGUCCCAGCACUGCCAGUCAGAGGGGUCUGGAGCCAUCCAACGGCUCCUUGGAAACUGACAACUUCAGCUCCAGGCCCGCCAGCCAGGCAGCAUUGGGGCCACCACACGAUUCCCAGCUGCCUGAGCACAGCGACCAGCCAAGUGAGCGUGGGACAGAGCAGAGGACAAAUUGCCCACGUUCUCGUGACAAUCAGGCGUCCACUGAGCAGCGCCGGGGACGCCGUGGGAGCGGACGCAGUGGGAGCGGACGCAGUGGGAGCAGACGCCGUGGGAGCGGACGCAGUGGGAGCGGACGCCGUGGGAGCAGACGCCGUGGGAGCAGACGCUGUGGGAGCAGACGCCGUGGGAGCAGACGAGCAGCAGCCCCAAGGGCUCAGAGCAGCUCCCGCACAUCCACCAGACGGAGGACACCAGGGUCCUCCAGGGCGUCUUCGGCAGCUACACGCAGAAGGCGUCCCAGGCAGCAGGGAAGAAGCCGGACACGAAGCCGCUCCCCGCUGCAAGGUCGGGCCCCACGUUCCCAGUCCCGGCCGAGACGACACCAUGGCAGCAGGCAAAGGCCAGCCCCACGUGAUCAGAGUAGGACCCGCAGCUCAGCGAGAUCUGCAACAUCGAGGUCCUCCAGGGCUUCCUCAGUGCCUCAACGCAGGGGACGGUCCACGCAGUGA